AUGCUGAGUCCCAGGCGCAUCUACUCCGACAUUCCACCAGAUAUUCGCACCAAGUUGGACGACAACCCCACGCUGCUGGUGAGCUGGUGGACCACGGCGUUCUCGCUGGCCAUUAUUGUGACACGCGUCUGCGGCCGGUAUGUCCGCAUCGAGCGCUUCUUCCGCGAGGAUAAGGUCAUGAUGGCCAGUAUCAUCCCGUUGCUGGCUCGCAUGGCCUUGGUCCACGUUAUCUUGAUCUGGGGCACCAACAACACGAAAACGGAGGGCUUGACGGAGGUGGAGAUUCGACAUCGCGUCAUCGGGAGUAGGCUGGUGUUGGGCGCGAGGAUCUUCUACGCGAUCUUGUAA